AGAUCAAGGCGAUUCAGUUUUCCGCGGGCAGUGCAAAUUUCGUGGGCUCAUACAUAGAUAAAAGCUGCUCGUUGCCCGACAACGUAGAAAUGGGAAUCGGAAUCGGCCCUCGAACCAGACAUUGCUAACGCUAUCUAUCCCCGAGCAGCGGACGCCGACGCCGACGUCGUCCGGCGGAAUGGUAUUUAAGUGGCAAAUGAUUCGGUAUGACAAAUCAGAAGUGAAAUAACUCAGCAACAGCGAGCAACAGGCUGCUAAGCGUGAGACAACCAAGAAAUAGCACAAGGUAAGAGAAAAGGGAAACUCAAUUCGAACUCCCCAAUCCACCGAAGAAAUGGCCACCGCAUCAGCCCAUCUGCCCAUCCAGAAGCGCCAAGCCCACGAGCACAAUGGCGAGCCCAGCUGCCGGGGUCUGGACGAGAUGAACCGCAUGUUCCGCAACUACUGGGACCCGACCGCCUACUGGGUGUGCGAGAAGCAGGGCACGCCCGCCCGUCUCCAGCGCUGUCCCAAGUCGCAGCUGUACUCCGAGGAACUGGGCCGCUGCGUCCACUACGCCGACUGGGCCUGGACGGACCCCAAGGAGCCGUCCAGCCGGGCCAAGCUCAGCCAAUCGGUGUCCACCAACUAGUCCAAUGCUAGCCCAAUGGCUAGUCCUAAUUUAAUGCUACUCUAAGACAACCAAAACCUCAUUACGCUUAGGUCUAUGUUUACAAAAUACCUUUAUUUUUAAUGAAAAUAAGAAAAAAUCAGUACAAAAUCAAAA